GUGAACAUCGCGGGACUUUCGGUGCCUUACUUAGUGCUUUGUGUUUCCGAUCCCAAAUUUUUUAUACAAUUUGUUAUUAGAUUUUUUUAGCGUGAUCGCACUAGUGGAAUUAUAGACUUUAAUGAUUCGAUUAGUAAGGAUUGCGUUGACUCCAAAGGACUAUUUUACGAUCAAACAAAAAGCAAAUCAAAUCGCAACAAAACAUAUCAACGAUAGCAAUAAAUGAAUAAUUAUUUUAUUGAAUAAUUAUAAUUUUUAAGACUAAUGAAAAUCCGUUCAUAUUAAAAUUAGAUAAAUUUAAACGAAUUAAAAGUACAAAUAAAUGAGCUUAAUAAGUACAAGAGAGAGCAAUACAAGAAGCAAUAUGGCGCUGGUUAGUUUAAGAAGCAGUUUAAGGAUACUGUGGACGAUAGCGGCGGCGUUCGUCUUCCUCUCCAGGAGUAGUGCAGCCCCGACCUUCGGAGACACUGACAAAGCCAUGAUGUAUUUAGCGCAGUACGGUUACUUGAGUCCAUCAGUCCGGAACCCGUCCAGCGGUCACAUUAUGGACGAGAGCUCGUGGCGACGCGCCAUCGCGGAGUUCCAAAGCUUCGCCGGACUCAAUGCAACAGGUGAACUGGACGAUGAGACAGCAAAAGUAAUGUCAUUGCCGAGAUGCGGUGUCAGAGACAAAGUUGGAUUUGGCGAGAGUCGAGCGAAGAGAUACGCAUUGCAAGGUUCGAGAUGGCGUGUAAAGAACUUAACCUACAAAAUCUCGAAGUACCCAUCCCGACUGAACCAGGGUGAAGUUGACGCCGAGCUGGCCAAAGCAUUCUCCGUGUGGUCCGACUAUACCGACCUAACAUUCACACAGAAACGUUCCGGUCAGGUGCACAUUGAAAUUAGAUUCGAAAAGGGAGAGCACGGAGACGGUGACCCAUUCGACGGACCUGGUGGUACUUUGGCCCAUGCUUAUUUCCCCGUUUACGGAGGCGAUGCUCACUUCGACGAUGCAGAGGUGUGGUCAAUUAACUCGAGACGAGGAACCAAUCUCUUCCAAGUGGCAGCGCACGAGUUCGGUCACUCUUUGGUCUCGCGCGCCUGGCCCGGUCUGCCUGCCAACAUCGACGCCGCCUUCACCUACAAGAAUGGCAAGACUUACUUCUUCAAGGGCUCUAAGUACUGGCGUUAUAACGGACAGAACAUCGACGGAGACUACCCGAAGGAAAUUAGUGAAGGUUUCACUGGUAUACCAGAUAACAUCGACGCAGCAUUAGUAUGGUCAGGCAAUGGCAAGAUUUACUUCUACAAGGGCGCGAAAUUCUGGCGGUUCGACCCGGCGCAGCGCCCGCCUGUGAAAUCAACCUAUCCCAAGCCUCUGUCUAAUUGGGAAGGCAUCCCGGACAGUAUAGAUGCAGCCUUACAGUACACGAAUGGUUACACGUACUUCUUUAAGGGCGGUUCGUACUGGCGGUUCAACGAUAGGACUUUCAGUGUGGACACAGACAAGCCGGCGUUCCCUCGCUCCACCGGCUACUGGUGGCUGGGGUGCAGCAGCGCGCCGCGCGGGACAGUCGGAGGUAACGCGCGUCUCUCCGACACCAACCGGGCGGCCGCGUACACACAACUACCGGACGAGGAUGACGUCGGCGACAUACUGUUUGACGCAGUUGGCCACAUACAGUCAGACGGAGCUAAACUGUAGUUACUCGUUACCUCGAGCCUCCGUUACCUAAGGAGGGCUAAGGUCCUCCGCCGCGGCGUCACGCACCCGCAUCGUAGGUUCACAUUACAUUUCUUUUGCUACCAUCUUCGUAUAACUAUGAUAUCUAACAUAAAAGAUUUUGGUUUGUUUUUUUAACAUACGCUUUUUACUAUCAUUUUCAUUAUUAUCGUGGGUUUUCACCACAUGGAUGUUUUAUUAGUUUCGUGUGUACUUAGAUAUUUUACGAGUAAGCAUAUCUAUAGAAAUUUCUUUAGAAUACUGCAUGUGAUAUAAUUAUUGAUAUUAAUAAGAAGUAGAUGAGCUUCCUCGUACUGCUUUAAUGAUUUUCUCUCAUGUAUACCGCUGUGUUCCAUUAUAUUUGGAAAUUUUCUUCUGAAAUAAACUAUAUAUUUUAACAUGUUCUUAUACCGUAUAGAGUCUGUAGCACAGCGGUUUAUGUGACUAUAGCAUAAAAUUGAAUGCGUCCAUCAAAGACCAAUUCUCAAACGAAUCUAUUAAACUAAACUGAUCUGAUUUUUUGAGGCGAUAUAAUAUAGAAUUUGUACGCAUUCAUUUUUC